AUGCUAUUGUCGUGACAAUGUCAAAUACUCAAUAAACCAUUACUACAUAUUAGGGCUGGUCAGACAGCUAGAUGUCGCCAAGCUAAUCAGUACAUGGACGUCGACAAGCUCGCGGAAAGCGCGGACAAACCCAAUUCAAGCACUGACGUACCAGAAGCAUUGUGUGGAGAGUUGGGAUUCAUUGUCCAGCGGCAUCAAAGGCACAACAACCCUGUCCGAAUCACAUGGCAACUUCCCACGAUUUGCUACACAGUGAGAGCCAGUACGUAGUACUUGAGUGUUAUUAUGCGCCUACUCUUGACUACCUACUUCCAUUCGCAGAAUGCGGAGUCUGUGCAUGGGGUUGGUAAUGAAUAGUUUUCAACAUCGGUGAACUCAGGACGAUGGAUAACAUACUGCAUAGAGUUAAAGCGGCCAAUUACGCUUCCCGCUCACUGUGCCUAACGGCAUGCGGACCCUCAUCUUAGUUUAAGUUGAUUGACUCAUGACAUUCCAAAUCAUCUUCUGAUUGCGCACGCGCACGGAACACAUCUGGUAAUGCGCCCAUUGCCACCGAAGCCUCAUACUCUGUAUGAUUUAUACCGUCACAUCUCGGUAGCACGUCGGCGCUAAUUAUCUACAAUGGCUGUGUUUAGUGUGUACGUGCGUCUCGGCUUUUUGGUGGCAUUUCUUUCCUUCGCGGCCUGCCGAGACUUCAAACUUGGUUUGCUGAUCCCACAAGGCAGAGACCACCGUCUGUACGGCUGGGAAAGUACGGCCAGCGCCACGUCCAUAGCCAUCGACAGGGUGAUGCGGGAUCCCAGUCUGUUACCGGGGCACACUCUCAGCGUUGUGUGGAGGGACUCCAGCUGUAACUCGAAGGUAGCGGCGGGAGCUGCAGUCGAGCUGGCGGUCCAGGAGAACGUAGAUGCCCUUUUAGCGCCGCCAUGCGCUGAAGCAUGUAUCCAGUCCAGCCAGUUGGCGGCCUACUGGAACAUGCCCACCAUCUCGUGGUUACCGGUGGACCCGCAGCUGGAGAACAAGGCGCUGCUCAAGACUCUCGCCAGGACCUUCGUGCCAUCCAACAAGUUCGGCGUGGCUGUGGUGGAACUGUUGAAACUGUGGUCUUGGAAAAGGAUUGGUAUCUUCUCGGACUCCGGUUUUCUGUGCAAGUCGUCAACCGAGUCUGUAAAGCAGUACCUGGCUGCAGCAAACAUCACCCUGGCGGGAGAAUACUCCUACGACAUCAAGUACCUGGACCCUCAGCUCAUCUCAGAGAAGCUGAGAAUCCUCAAGCAGAACGCCAGAAUCAUCUACAUGUGCCACCCCUCCAUACCAGUGGAACGGGCCAUCCUCCUGCAGGCCCACGAACUAGAGAUGACGUCAGGGGAUUACGUCCUCAUCAAUGCCAAGUUGUCCAUUGAGGUCAAAGUUGACCAACCGUGGAGCAGCGACGACGGUCGGAACGCAGACGCCAUCAGGGCGUAUGAGUCUGUGCUGGAGAUAGGGAUAAAGUUUCCUAACGACCCCGCAGCACAGCAGGUACGAGAAGACAUCCCCAAAAGGAUGGCACAGGAGCCCUGGAACUACCGGGCCGGCUUGUCUCUAGGACUAAAGGGGGGCUUUGCCGCGCUGUAUCUCCAUGACGCAGUGCUGCUGUACGCCGUGGCGCUGAACGCGACUCUAGCAGCAGGAGAGGAUCCACGAGAUGGGGGGAAGAUCUUACAACACAUGAAGGGCGCCGUGUUCAAAGGGGUGUCAGGAUACGUGGUGAUGGACAGAAGGGCGGACCGGGAGCCUGAGUUCAUGGUGUGGGACAUGGCGCCCAACGGCAAGUUCGAGGUGGUCGCUGAGUACGGCGUGGCUGUCAACGGCCAGAGAACGGGACUAAGUAUGCAGCAGGUAUCUGGACAAUUGAUGAGGAUGGUCCAGCUGCGGGCAGUGGACUGGGGCAGUGGGAAGACCGAACCGCCGGCUGACGCACCGAAAUGUGGGUUUCGGGGCGAGUUCUGCACGCCAAGGACACAAGGAAGGAGUAAGAUCACCGUCAUCGUGUCUGUAGUUGGCGGCCUGCUGCUGGUGGUGGGAGGUGUAGCAGCGUAUUAUCAGCGCAAGAAGAACUUCGAGGCUGACCUGAGCAGCAUGUCAUGGAGGAUGAACUACGAUGAUAUCGACUUCUCUGCGGCCACAAAGCAACUCAUGAGUCAGAUGAGCAUCAAGAGCAAGACUACAUCCGGGUCCCGCAGCCAUGGGACGGGAGCACCAUCAAAGACUACCGCCAGCCUGUACAGUGGUAAGAAGUCCCAGCGUGCACCGCCCCAGUGUGGACGGUACGAGGGGAACUUCAUCGCCAUGAAGAACGUGCGGAAACUGCACGUUCAGAUAGACCGUGAACAGCUGCUGGAGUUUAAGGAGGCUCUACAAGUCAACCACGGAAACCUCAACCGCUUCAUCGGCGCAUGCGUGGAAGCACCCCACAUCUGUCUGGUGUACGAAUUUUGCCCCAAAGGAAGUUUACAGGAUAUUCUGGAAAACGACGACAUCAAGUUGGACAACAUGUUCAAACUGUCCCUGCUGUCAGACGUAGUGAAGGGUAUGGAAUACCUACACCGGUGCCCUGUGCUUUCCCAUGGUUCGUUGCGGUCCAACAAGUGUUUGAUUGACAAUCGCUGGAUGGUGAAGAUAACGGACUUUGGAAUGGCGCGCUUCAAGGCCAACCAAUCAGAGAAUCCGGAGGUUGGCGAGCACGAGGAAUACAUGAAGUUGCUAUGGACCGCUCCGGAGCUGCUGAGAAUGCCCUGCCCACCGCUGAAGGGCACACAGAAGGGAGAUGUGUACAGCUUCGCCAUCAUCACACAGGAGGUCAUCAGCCGGGGGCAUCCUUACUGUGGCAAUGACUCCACGCCCAGAGACAUAGUGGAGCGAGUGCGAAUGGGCACUAACCCGCCCGUGCGGCCCAUUGUGGAUGAGGAAGGGGCUACUCCUGAAGUCUAUAAGCUGAUGGUGCGGUGCUGGUCCGAAGUACCAGAGGCUCGUCCUGAUUUCACUGCCAUCAGGAAGAUAUUCCGAAAGUGUAAUAAGGGAAGGGACGCCAACGUUAUGGACAACAUGAUCGUGAUCAUGGAGAAGUACGCCGCUAACCUGGAGUCCAUAGUGGCGGACAGAACCAAGCAGCUGGUGGAGGAACAGAAGAAAACAGACAAGCUGCUACACAGCAUGCUACCCAGAACCGUUGCGGACGAGUUGAAGCAGGGGAGGGUGGUAAGUCCAGAGAUGUUCGACCAGUCAACCGUCUUCUUCUCCGACAUCAUCGGAUUCAGCACUAUCGCCGCUCAGAGCACGCCUUUUCAGAUCGUGGAUCUACUGAAUGACCUGUACUCCUGCUUUGAUGGCAUCAUUGAACAACAUCAUGUAUACAAGGUUGAGACUGUGAAUGACUCCUACAUGGUCGUGUCGGGGAUUCCUGACAGAAACAAAGAUCACGUGGAUCAGAUUGCCACCAUGUCGCUGAACCUGCUCAGCGAGGCAGCCCAGUUCACCAUCCGACACCUGCCCUCUGCGCAGCUGCUUCUGCGCAUCGGCAUACAUACGGGACCUUGUGCCGCGGGGGUUGUCGGGUUGUCCAUGCCGCGCUACUGUCUGUUCGGGGACACGGUGAACACCGCAUCACGAAUGGAGUCAAACGGAAAAGCUCUGCGUAUCCACGUCAGCUCUGCGCUGAAGCAGGCCCUGGAUGAGAUGGGCGGGUUUAAGGUGGAGCAUCGCGGACAAAUGGAAAUUAAGGGAAAGGGGAUGCAGGAUACCUUUUGGCUGGUUCACAAGCAGGGAUUUCACAAACCACUGCCCAUGUCUCCUCCUGAGGAUCUGGUAACGGGCGGUAUCGUACCUAAGUCUGCUGUGACUUUCACGUUCAACGCAUGAUGACAUCACGUUGAAGAUGUUUGUGGGCAUAAGUGACCAAGCGAGUCAGAGGUUAUCCUAUGGUAGUACCGGUGAUGUGAUCUAACACCUCAGUAAUACCAACAGAGCUGUGCUGGGUAAAGGUGGGCCAACCAGAAAAUUGCAAAACAAAAAUUGUUUGUCAAUCUGAAUCUGACUGGUGUACGGAUACAUUUUAAGGUCAGACUGUGUUCUAUUGACCUAUUAACAGUAAAAUGCUGAUCACAGAAAGCAUUCAUAUCAAAUGGUAUAAAUGUGAGUUUGAUGAAGUUACGUAUUGGUCUUGCUAGGGUAUCCUAGCGCAUUGUUAAGGCGAGGAGGAAUUUCCUACAGACGGUGAAUUGUAGUGUGGAUUGAUUUGGCGUCCGGAGGGGAAAAUACGUCCUGUCACGGUAUCUACACAAUGGUAUGUGAGUAAGGUGCAAUCGAAAGGACGAAGCAGGUUUGUCAUGACAGUUUGAGUAGAGAUUGUAGAUGAGCGAUAACUCAUGGUUUGGAUCAAAGUUUGCUGCUGCGCCAUCUAGCGACAAGAAAAGUAUUUCAAAUUAUGGCCCUACAAAGCUGUCUAAACAUUGGUAAAUUUUUAGAUUUGAUAGUUAUUAACAAAACCGAUGAUUAAGGGCUCUUGUGUACGUCUGGAAUAUCUGUGUUUGCCCACCUUAAGUCAUGCACACCGCCGUAUUAUUAGAUUGCACAGCGACUGCUUCUGAUCGUGGAGGAAUGAAAGUUUGUUUCGGGGGACAGUUCAUGGACAAUGUGAAAGGAAGCACAUGUAUUGCAGGAUUAGCACACUUGUAUGUCCUUAGCCUACAGAAUACAGAUAGAUGAGUGUAGGAUGUGUAGUUCGCGUGUCUACGUUCG